CGCUUCUUGGAUAGACCUUGUCAUACUACCAGAGUUCACCACAGGUGCCUAGUCUUGCGCGGCACUGUUUGGGGCUGAACGCGCCCAACUUGUGCUGGAAGCACCACACAGACAAUAUGUCGACCAGCCAGGAUCCCGAGCUCGCAAAGACCGACCUAAAGGUCACACAUUCAACCUUUUCAGGAAACGUCGCACCCAUUCCCAUCGAGGACGAAACCCAGCAUCUACCCACAUACGAGCAUGAGAGGGCUUUGACAUGGAAGUUUGAUCUGCGCAUGCUGCCUAUGCUGGCUGUCAUGUACCUCUUCAACGCGCUCGACAAGGGCAAUCUGGGUAACGCGAAAACUGAUGGUAUGGACAUAGACCUUGGUUUCAAGGGCAAUCAGUACAACACUAUGUUGUCGAUAUUUUACGUCCCAUAUGUCAUCUUCGCGCCCCCCAUUGGGAUGCUCGGAAAGAAGUACGGACCCCACCGCGUCCUUCCAAUCAUGAUGUUCUGCUUCGGAAGCGCAACACUUCUAGCUGCAUCAGCGCAGAACUGGAGUGGCAUGAUGGCACUGAGAUGGUUCCUGGGCAUGGCCGAAUCCGCCUUCUUCCCCCUCGUCAUCUACUACCUGACCACCUUCUACCGACGAGGCGAGCUCGCGCGCCGUCUGGCUAUCUUCUACGCUGCCUCCAACAUCGCCAAUGCCUUCUCUGGACUGCUGGCUUUUGGCGUGUUCCAUAUCAAGUCGAAGCUGGACAGCUGGAGAUACCUCUUCAUCAUCGAAGGGAGCUUGACGGUCUGCUUCUCGUUCUUCGCGUACUGGUACCUUCCGGAGUCUGCGUACAAAGCCAAGUUCCUCACAGAAACCGAGAAGCAACUCGCCUACCAGCGUAUCCAGAUCGACUCUUCUUCCGUUGUGAAUGAGAAGUUCAACCUCAAGCACGCCCUCGGUAUCUUCAAGAACCCAUCGACGUACGGUUUCCUCGCUAUUGAAGUGUGCCUCGGCGUCCCACUGCAAUCCGUGUCGCUCUUUUUACCUCAAAUCGUUGGACGCCUAGGCUACGACAAGAUCAAAACCAACCUAUACACAGUCGCGCCCAACAUCGUCGGUGCCUGUGUGCUGCUCAUCCUGGCUUUUGCAUCCGACCACGUGCGCCUUCGAUUUCCUUUCAUCGCGCUUGGUUUCCUGCUCACGUUUAUCGGCUUCGUCAUCUACGCAACUAUCGACGUUCAACACAGCCUCACCGUCGCAUAUUUCGCGUGCUUCAUGAUGACCUGGGGCACCUCUGCUCCAUCUGUCCUGCUCUCGACAUGGUAUAACAACAACGUGGCGGACGAGAAUCAGCGUGUCACCCUUACUUCUAUUGGUGUGCCGCUGGCGAAUCUCAUGGGUGUUGUCAGCAGCAAUAUCUUCAGGCCACAGGAUGCGCCCAAGUAUAUCCCCGCGCUGGCGACUACGGCGGCGUUUGGGGCUACGGGGUGUAUCUGCGCGCUGUUGCUGGGAACGUACAUGAUGCAGGAUAAUGCGAGAAGGAAUAGGAGGCAGGGUAUGAAUCUGAGCGCGAGGGAUGUGAGUACGGAGAAGUUGAGGGAUGGGCCGAAGAGUGCGGAUUUCAGAUGGUUCUUGUGAAAUGCUGUCAUGCACAGCACAGUAAAUUUUGCAGAGCGAGGUCUAUUAAAGCAUCAGAUACCAAUAUUAAACCCCAAGGCCUCGUUAUCGCCUCCAGACACGUGCGUAACACGGACAGCGAUCUAAGGUUGCGCUACGAUGUCUGGGGGUCUCCGCAUCUUCCAGGUCACGCGCGGCCGUCAUCCGGAUUCGGCUUUGUCUACAGCGAGGCUGGUAGUUUUACAGUAUCGUCGAAGUCGACAGUCGUGAAUACGACUAAGGCCUCGCAUUCUUUGGGUGUGUACGAGCAACGUAUGUAGAGGGCGCCCUUCA